AUGGAUCAGGACGUCGACGACCGCGCGGCGGCGAGCCUGGCGGCGGCGGCGCGCUCUCUACGGGCCGGCCUGGACCGGUCCCGCGCGCUGGGGCACGCGCUGGCGCGCGCGGGUCCCCGUCUCGAGGAGAUCCAGGCGGCGCUGCCAGCUCUCGAGGCAGCCGUGCGCCCGAUCCGGGCGCCGAUGGCCGAGCUCGCAGCAGCCGGCCCGCACAUCGACCGCGCAGUCGGCCCCGCCGCCGCCGUGCUCAAGGUCUUCGACGCCGUGCACGGCCUCGAGCCGCCGCUCCUCGUCCAGGGCGGCGCGGGCGCGGGGGACCUCCCGGGGUACCUCGCCGUGCUCGCCCGCCUCGAGGAGGCCCUGGGGUUCCUCGCCAGCAACUGCGGCCUCGCCGCGCAGUGGCUGGCCGACAUCGUCGAGUACCUCGGCGACCGCGACCUCGCCGACCCGCGCUUCCUCGCCGAGGUCGGCGUCGCGCUCCACGGUCUCCUCGCCGCCCCCUGCUCCGCCCACCUCGACGGCGGCCUCCUCGCCGCCGCGCUCGACGUGCUCCAGGCGGAGUUCCGCCGCCUCCUCGCCGACCACUCCGUCCCACUCUCUACAACCUCCACCGCCAAGUCCCGCGUCCCGGCCGCCGCCGUCCGCAAGCUCAGCCUGAUCCUCGACCGCCUCCUAGCCAACGGCCGCCAAGAAACCUGCAUCGCCCUCUACAUCGACGCGCGCGGCUCAGUCGUGAGCGCCAGCCUCCGCGACCUCGGCCUCGACUACCUGCGCAGCCCGGCCGACGACGCGCAGGCGCUGGGCCCCGGAGUCGAGCUCUGGGGCCAGCAUUUGGAGUUCGUGGUGCGCCGCCUCCUCGAGUCCGAGCGGCAGCUCUGCGUCAAGGUGUUCGGGGAGCAGCACAAAACCGAUGCGUCCGCGUGCUUCACCGAGGUGGCGGCACGGGCCAGCGUUCUCGAUUUCCUCAGCUUCGGCCGCGCGGCUGCGGACGCCAAGAAGGACCCCAUCAAGCUCAUGCGUCUGCUGGAGGUGUUCGAUUCCCUGAACAAGCUGAGGAUGGAUUUCAACCGGCUGUUCGGUGGAAAGGCGUGCGCGGAUAUCCAGUGCCAGACGAGGGACCUCGUGAAGCUGUUGGUGGACGGCGCCGUGGAGAUCUUCGAGGAGUUGCUCGUGCAGGUGGAGCUGCAGCGGCAGAUGCCUCCCCCGGCCGAUGGGGGUGUGCCGCGCCUGGUCACGUUUAUUGUCGAGUACUGCAACCGGCUCCUCAGCGACAAGUACAGGCCCGUGCUUGCGCAGGUGCUCGCCAUCCACCGCAGCUGGCGCAAGGAGGUCUUCACUGACAAGAUGCUUGCUGCCGCGGUGCUCAACAUUGUCAAGGCCCUUGAAGCCAACUUCAAUGUUUGGUCGAGGGCGUACGGGAACAACACUCUGUCCUAUAUCUUCAUGAUGAACACUCGCUGGCAUCUCUUUAAGCACGUCAAGGGUACUAAGCUAGCCGAGCUCUUGGGCGAUGUGUGGAUCAGGGACCAUGAACAGUUCAAGGAUUACUACAUCACAAUGUUUAUGAGGGAUAGCUGGGGGGCGCUUUCGCCGCUGCUCAACCGGGAGGGGCUCAUCUUGUUCUCCAAGGGCCGGGCCACGGCAAAGGACCUCGUGAAGCAGCGUCUCAAAACCUUCAACGCGAGAUUCGGUGAGAUGUUCCACGAACAGUCUGCGUGGAUUAUACCAGACAAGGAUUUGAGGAGGGAGACGUGUGACCAUGUGAUGCAGGCAAUAGUUCCCCCUUACCGGAGCUACAUGCAGAACUAUGGUCCGCUUGUGGAGCAGGAUGUAAGCGCUAGUAAGUAUGUGAAGUACACCGUCGAUGGUUUGGAAAAGAUGCUUGGUGCACUCUUUGCUCCCCGUCCCAGGAGGUCUGGGAGCUUCCAGAUCGGCCACUCCAAUGGCAAGAUGAGUAGUGCAAUGACAGGAUUGUAUCGGAGUGCUUCCACAGUGAAAUAAUUCCGUUUGAAGCGCCAAGAGAUUGCUUCUAUUAUUUAUGAAAUAACUGGAGAAAAAUGAGAACAAUUCGUUUUUCACCAGUCAGCAAGGCAAGGAUGUAUAAUAACUGACCCUUGUUGAGGUCAGUGCUGGCAUAUGAACAAUAAACCCUUCUUGAUGGUGAACAGAAGACUAUUGGAGUAUUUCUUCCGCACCUAUCUGUGAUGUUGCCUAAGUUACCUUCUCCAUUUUCUACCCUUCUUUCUGUGACUCUAUUAGUAUCCCUAGUACCAUGUAGUCUGUUGUUCAGGAGCUUGUUUGGUGACUGGAGGAUAUCUAAAUAGUUGCGGGGUGUAUGUAAAAUUGGUUGUAGUUUAGGAGGGUUGUAGACAUUUUAUCAUUGUUCUAUGGUGCUGCAAAUUGAACCCUAGUAUGCAAUAUAUAUGAAGAACUAGAGUUUACUGUCGCGA